AUGCGCGCCGCCCCCGCCUCCCGCCUGCCCACGCCGCGCUGCGCAGCGCGAGCGACACGCCCGCCGCUGCACGUGUCGGCCGGGGAGUGGGAGGCGGGGGUGGGGGGUGGCAGCGGCAACAAAGCCAGCCGGGCAGACGCGCCGCGCCGCGUAAUUGUCGGCAGCGGCGCAGCACGCGAAGCCACGUGGCGCGCCGCGGCGUUCCUUCACCCUGCGCCCUGCGCCCUAAUCACUGCCGCAGCCCGCGGGGGCGGCGCUUAUUUCGGGAGCCGUGCCGCAGAGGGCGUCCGCCGCAGCGCCGCAGCCGGCGGGCCUCUCUCACUGUACGCCAGCUCUGCAGCAGGAGGUUGGUCACGAACUGGGUGGGGGUCCCGCCAGUCGCCUUCUCCACGUUCCUGCCUGCACGCGCCGCCGUCUGUCGCCCUCAGUCGACGACCAGCUUCGUGCUCGCCGGUGUGUCAGCACAGCCGACGAGCCACGCUUGCCGCGCCGCAGCACACAAACUCCUGUGCACCCGCCGCCUCCGCCGCCGCCGCCGCCGCCGCCACCGCCGCUGCGCUGCUCGUAGUCUGCGCCUCCCUGCAAGGCGCGGCCGGCAACCCCGACGCGAAGCGGCUGUACGACGACCUGCUGAGCAACUACAACAAGCUGGUGCGGCCCGUCGUCAACGUCAGCGACGCGCUCACCGUCAAGAUCAAGCUCAAGCUGUCCCAGCUCAUAGACGUGAAUCUGAAGAACCAGAUAAUGACGACGAACCUGUGGGUGGAGCAGUCCUGGUACGACUACAAGCUGCAGUGGGACCCGCGCGAGUACGGCGGCGUCGAGAUGCUGCACGUGCCUUCCGAUCACAUCUGGCGGCCCGACAUCGUCCUCUACAACAACGCCGACGGCAACUUCGAGGUGACGCUGGCGACCAAGGCGACGCUGAACUACACGGGCCGCGUCGAGUGGAAGCCGCCCGCCAUCUACAAGUCGUCCUGCGAGAUCGACGUCGAGUACUUCCCGUUCGACGAGCAGACGUGCGUCAUGAAGUUCGGCUCCUGGACCUACGACGGCUUCCAGGUGGACCUGAGGCACAUCGACGAGGUGAAGGACUCGAAUGUGGUGGAGCUGGGAGUGGACCUGUCGGAGUUCUACACGUCCGUCGAGUGGGACAUCCUCGAGGUCCCAGCCGUCAGGAACGAGAAGUACUACACGUGCUGCGACGAGCCCUACCUGGACAUCACGUUCAACAUCACGAUGCGCCGCAAGACGCUGUUCUACACGGUGAACCUCAUCAUCCCGUGCAUGGGCAUCUCCUUCCUCACCGUGCUCGUCUUCUACCUGCCCUCCGACAGCGGGGAGAAGGUGUCGCUGUCCAUCUCGAUCCUGCUGUCGCUGACCGUCUUCUUCCUGCUGCUGGCCGAGAUCAUCCCGCCCACGUCGCUGGUGGUGCCGCUGCUGGGCAAGUUCGUGCUCUUCACGAUGAUCCUGGACACCUUCAGCAUCUGCGUCACGGUGGUGGUGCUGAACGUGCACUUCCGGUCGCCGCAGACGCACGUCAUGGCGCCGUGGGUGCGGCGCGUCUUCAUCCACAUCCUGCCGCGGCUGCUCGUCAUGCGCCGGCCGCAGUACCAGAUCGACAAGCGCAGCUUCGGGCUGGCGACGUCGGCGCACCGCGUCAUGGUGCGCACGUGCAACGGCCUGGAGCUGCGUGACUCGUCGCUGCUGUCGGCCGCCGCCGCCGCCGCCGCCGCCGACUCGUCGGCCUCGUCGGAGCUGGUGGCGGAGCCCUCGCCGCACGACUUCUUCCCCAGGCUGCUCGACCACGAGUUCACCUCCAGGGCAGGCCACACAGAGAGCACCUGGGCGAACUUUGAGAGUGCGCGGACCUGCCCCCCCUGCCGUGUAAUAUUAAUGAGCCCGGGGGCCCGGAGCGGCCACAAAAGAAAUGGAGUCGGCGCCGCGAGCCCCACAAAGGCGGCGCGCUCCGGCCCUCGUCUGGACAAGUGCUCCAGUGCUCCGGUGCUCCAGCUCCAGCGCUGCUCACCUGCCGCAGCUCCCUGCUGCCACCGACAGGCCGACACAGCGGGCCGCCAGUCGCCCGCUGAAUAUCUUACCAGGCACGAAGAGUCCGGCGACAGAGUGCUACGCCUCGUGUACGGUGCACACUACGAGGGUUGGUACCCCCGCCCUCCUGUGCCAGCAGGUGUCUGCUGCAUUUACCAUGCUGCCGGCGCGCUAAAUGUGAGGGAGCCGUCGCCUCGCCUCGCCUCCGGUGUUUACCGCCCGCGGCGCUGGCGUCGCCGUGACAAAGCGCGCCCGCACCGCCCGGGGCUUCCCCGCGUUAUGAGCUGCAAAAUUACCCGCCGCCGCGCGCCGCCAUUGUCUCGGGCCACAAUAUAUCUCACCACCUACAGUACCGUCGAGGAACUGAUCCGCUUCCAGCACCAGCGGCGAGGAGGACGAUUACGGGACAGCGACCUGGGGGGCUCGUGCCGGAUCCACGGGCCCGGGGGCGGAGUGCCGCCGCCGCCGACGACGCUGCUGGCGGAAGAGGCGGCGCCGGGGGCGGCUGCGGGGGACGGCGCCGACGAGCCGGCCACCCCCAGCGCGGACGGUUGCGCCGGGGGCGGCGGCGGCGCCAGCAACGGCUUCCCGGGGGCGGCGCGGCCCGCCUCCCUGCACUGGCACCGCUGCCCCGAGCUGCACAAGGCCAUCGACGGCGUGCGCUUCAUCGCCGACCACACCAAGCGCGAGGAGGACUCCACCAGGGUGAAGGAGGACUGGAAGUACGUGGCGAUGGUGCUGGACCGGCUGUUCCUGUGGAUCUUCACGCUGGCCGUGCUGGUGGGCACGGCGGGCAUCAUCCUGCAGGCGCCCACGCUCUACGACGACCGCGUGCCCAUCGACGUGCGCCUCUCCGAGAUCGCCACCACCACCGCCAAGCCGCACGUGGGCAGCGCCCUGUAGCGGGGACCGCUGGAGGAAACGUGGCAGCCAGAUCAGACAAUUCGGUGCCAGCAAGGCAGUGGGCACCGGCAGAGAGUGGGACACGCGGGGCGUGUUCUCCGGGAACCGAGCAGGCGGGCACGCAGUCGGGGUUGCAGACUCGUGACUUACCACCUGACUGAGCUCACGUGCAUAAUUAGUUGAUCCUGCACACAGAAUUUACCUAUACUAAGUACACCGUGAUCCUGCACCAAACAAUUCUUCAUUAAAAAACAAUUCUGUAAACUCACUGUGCAUUUCUGGCUUCUGUUACGGAACAGAGUCUUCUUCGUACAGUUUACAACUAUAUUGCGUUAUCAGUUCACUUCCUAUAUAAAGAAAUGGGAGCUAAUGGUCAGUAGGAGAGUUAUCAGCGAGGAGGAUAAAUUUCCAUUAACGUUUGCCAGA